GGGGGCCCGGGCCGAGCAUCCCCUGCCCGGCGCGUUGGGGGCGGGGCCCCGGGGCGGGGCUAUGUGGAACCUGGAGGCGGGGCGGGGCAGCUGAGAGCGGCCCCCGGGUGGGGCCAUGGAAAAGGAGAAGGCUCUGGGGGCUGCUGGCGGCCUCAGUGGGGAAUCCCCGGGAUGGGCAAGCAAGGGCGUGCCAGGAGGAGUCGGAGGGGUCGAGGCAGACGCCGGGCCGCCCUCCGGCGUAGUCCUGUGUCACAGUUCUGGGCCCUCCCUGCACGCCGGGGGCGUCGUAACUUGCAGUCCCGGUUCUAGCAGGCCCUCCGGGGGGGUAGCAGUCCACGGUUCCGGGCCCAGCCAGCACCCUGGGGAGGUUGCGGACCUCAGCGCGGGGUCCCGCACCUACCCUGAUGGAUUAAACGCCCCCUUCCCUGGAACCAGUGUAUCCGGGACCUGCAGCCCCGAGUCCGGGGGCUCUGGGGUGUACAACUCGGAAUGCAGGCCACCGCGCUCCGGGUCAACUUGCUUGCACCCCCACAAACCUUGUGAGGACCGGCCCCGCAGCAUCCUAAAAAACAGCACCUCCAUCUUGAUGCAGAAAUCCCCCAGUGCGGAGAAGAAAAAGUCCCAGCGGUGGGAUGAAAUGAAUAUCCUGGCCACCUGCCACCCCGCUGGCCAGGAUUACGGAUUUACGGAGGUGGAUGAGCCCAGCACCCCCUACCACAGGCUGCAGGAAGGUGAUGAGGACCUGCCUGGGGCAUCCUCUCACACAGUGACUCCCCAGGCACUGGCCGAAAGAUUUGCAACGAUGGACAAUUUCUACCCCUGGGUCCUGCAGUACGGUGAUAACAGAAGCUCAGGGUCUUCAGACAGCUUUUCCGAGACACGUGCGAUGAGGGGUGGGGACGGAGUGGAAAGGGGGGUCAGAGUGAAUCCUCGGCAGGAGCCUGGCAGGAAAGCCAAGCUCUUACAAUGGCCCACAGCCUCCAGUGAUUUUGACAAGCACCGAAAGUCACACUACGAUGAAGGAAAGUUCCUCAAGCCUCAGAAAAAUCUUCCCUUCAGUAACAGCAAGCACAGCAACGGGGCUGGCACCAGUACGGGUGGCAGCAGUUGGAGCGCGAUGCGGGACCCAGAGCCCAGGCCUAUGGAGAGAGGCUGGAUGGGAGGGCUGGCCAGAGGAGUCAAAGAUGAGAUUGGUCUGGUGACCGGGAACCACGUCCCCGAAGUCAAGGCCAUCGUCGUGUCAGACCAGGAGGUCGAUGUGCAACGCAAGGAGUAUUAUAGCAAAGGAAGGUACCUCAGGUGCUCUCCCCACCCAGAGCUCGAGGAGGACCCCGAAGACGAGCCUCAGCAGCAGGCCAGCUCUGCGGAUUUGAACUGGGUGAUUGAGAAUCCCAUAAGCACUGAGGUCCGUCUGCUGGACCAUACAGGAAGCCCCAUUCAGGAUCGCCGGGCCUCUGAAGAGUCCCUGGCAGUGCCAACAUGGCAGCCUGGUGCUGCCCUGUCCUCCAAAGACAGAGCAGACUCGGCCUGGUGUCAGUGGCUCGUAUCCAAGGGGCUCAACUGGCGAAGCCCGGAGAGCUUGGAGAAGGAACCUGGAAGCAGCCCACACUCCCCACACCAAAACCAAUGCAGACACGAAACCCUGCGGCUUCGAUGGACACAAGAGGAGGAAAGCAGACAAUGGAAAAUGUAGCCAGCCGGGGAUGGGGUGGGGGCCAGCCUCUCCCAGCCCUCACCACCCUCGAGGUGGACAAUAAAGAGAAGUGCAGGAGUCUG